AUGCUUGGUAGCGUCGUGCGGGGACAAGGCACCGGGCGUGCUUGGCUUGGCCCGGCUUCUCUAGGCAUGCUUGGUAGCAUCAUGCGGGGACAAGGCACUGGGCGUGCUUGGCUUGGCCGGGCUUGCCUAGGCCUGGCAUGCUUGAUCGCGUCGUGCGGGCACAAGGCACCGGAUGUGCCGCCCCAGCCAAACUCCCCACCUGUAUAUGUCUUCUGCCCGGAUUGGCCCUCCGAGGCGAGCCUUGGGUCCAAAAAUAGGGGCAUUGCCCUGCUUCCGAUUCAUGGAAUAAGUAAAAUAACGUUAAAGGUAGUAGUAUUUCACUUUCGCCCGAGGGCUCHCACUUAUACUACACCUCUCAAGUCAUUUCACAAAGUCGGACUAGAGUCAAGCUCAACAGGGUCUUCUUUCCCCGCUGAUUCUGCCAAGCCCGUUCCMUUGGYUGUGGUUUCGCUGGAUAGUAGACAGKRAMAGUGGGAAUCUCGUUAA